ACUGGCACUACACCAUCCAAUUCCAAAUACACACAGCUUUUAGCUUUGCUUCUUUGCUUCCUACACAGCUUUUAGCUUUGCUUCUUUGCUUCCUUCACAAAGAGAGAGAGAGAGAGAGAUGGAGAACUUCCCAGUGAUCAACUUGGAGAAACUAAAUGGUGAGGAGAGAGGAGCAACCAUGGAGAUAAUCAAAGAUGCCUGUGAAAACUGGGGCUUCUUCGAGUUAAUAAAUCAUGGCAUAUCCCAUGAACUAAUGGACACCGUGGAGAGGAUGACAAAGGAGCACUACCAGAAAUGUAUGGAGCAAAGGUUCAAGGAACUUGUGGCAAGCAAAGGUCUAGAGGGUGUUCAGACUGAGGUCAAUGACUUGGAUUGGGAGAGCACCUUCUUUUUGCGCCAUCUUCCUCAAUCCAAUAUAUCUGAGAUCCCAGAUCUCCAAGAUGAAUACAGGAAGGUGAUGAAGGAAUUUGCAUUAAAGUUGGAAAAAUUAGCAGAGGAACUCCUAGACCUGUUAUGUGAGAAUCUUGGACUAGAGAAAGGUUACCUGAAAAAGGCAUUCCAUGGAUCAAAGGGUCCAAAUUUUGGCACCAAGGUUAGCAACUACCCUCCAUGUCCAAAGCCAGACCUUAUAAAGGGUCUUCGUGCCCACACAGAUGCUGGUGGGAUCAUCCUACUCUUCCAGGAUGACAAGGUCAGUGGUCUCCAGCUACUCAAAGAUGAUCAGUGGAUAGACGUGCCCCCUAUGCGCCACUCCAUUGUUAUUAACCUUGGUGACCAAAUUGAGGUCAUCACCAAUGGGAAGUACAAGAGUGUGAUGCACAGAGUGAUAGCCCAAACAAAUGGAAACAGAAUGUCAAUAGCUUCAUUCUACAACCCUGGGGGUGAUGCUGUUAUAUAUCCAGCACCAACACUGGUGGAGAAAGAGUCAGAUGAGAACAACAAUUUGUACCCAAAAUUUGUGUUUGAAGACUACAUGAAGUUGUAUGCUGGCCUCAAGUUCCAGGCCAAGGAGCCCAGAUUUGAAGCCAUGAAAGCCAUAGAAUCUAAUGUUAAUGUGGGUCCAAUUGCAGCAGCUUAAUACCACAUUUUAAUUACAAGAAUAAAUUCUCCAAAAAAAAAUAAAAUUACUAGAAUAAUAAAUUGUGUUGUCUGUUAAGGCUAAGGCCGUGUGACACUCCUACAAGCUUUAAGUAGAUACUAUAUAAUUUAUACAUGUGAUGAGCUCUUUAAAAAGCCAAUUACUUCGGAGGGUCUCUAUUUGUUAUUUGUAGAAAGCAACCGAAAUUACCCCCUUCUAAUAUUAUUUAUUGAGAAUGAUGUUUUAUUGUUUGUUA